UAGGGGAUAUGCAUGCGUCUCAUUUUUUUACAGUGAAUGUAUGCAACCCACAAGUACCUCGAUUUACGCGUAACUUCACAACCCUGCAUAACGUAAAAGUCAUAAAAGUCAAAAGUGGUGGCGGUGGUGGCGAAGAAAUGUUCCCGAAACUCCUGAAAAAAGAUAAAAGAAAAUCAAAGGCUUCCGUACGCUGGAAGUUUUCCAAUCUUUCGAAAAUGAAAAAUAAUUGUUUUCAGCGCACGAAACCUUUUUAUUUGGAAAAUUUACCCUGGACGAUUAAAGUUCAACGACGAUUAACUGGUAAAGCAUUAGAUUUCGGAUUUUUUGUUGAAUGUUGUUCAUGCAGUACAGUAGACAAAACUGGGGGUCAAUUUGCAAAAGGUAAAUUGCGUCUCUUGCCUCAAAAAGCAGGACAGAAAUAUAUAGAAAAAGAAUUCAAACAUCUUUUUAAUAGCAUGGAUAAUGAUCGGGGAUUCAGACAGUUUUUAAAAUGGGAAGAAGUUCUUAAUCCUGAUAAAGGUUACAUUAAAGAUGAUUCUGUUACAGUGGAGGUUGAUUUAGAAACAGAUGCGCCGGAUGAUGCUCCAAAAGCAUUUUUUUCUUUUACUGUUGAUAAUAUUUCAACACUUAAUAGUAUUCGAUAUUCUUCACCAUUUUAUGCUCAAAGUAUGCCGUGGGUUAUAAAAAUCGUACCAAAGUCAAGAAAAACUUUUCGCUUUUAUCUUCAAUGUAACGAAGAAGGAGAAUUUUGGAGUUGUUUCGCUAGUGCAAAUUUAUUCCUUCUAUCUCAUAACUCGGAACAAGAUUAUUUCAACAAAAAAGUCGAACACUUCUUUAGUAGCAAAGAAAAUGAAGCAGAUUUCGGUGACUUUAUAGAUUGGCCAGUUGUAUUUGAUCCUGAUGAAGAUUAUAUUAAAAAUGACUCUUUAAUAUUGAAAAUUUACUUGGAUGUAGAUUCACCAAACGGUGAAAGUUACAAUUCAGAACUGUGUAUAACAAGAACAGAGUACACUUUUAAUUUCACAGUUGAAAAUGUUUCAAAAAUGAAAGAUUCUAAACUCUCUGAACCAGUCUAUGUUGGUCAGUUACCCUGGAUGAUUAAAGUUGCUCCACUAUCAGGACAAAAUGAAAAAAAGUUGAUAGAAUUUCUUGGCGUUUUUCUUCAAUGUAAUGAAAAAGGAGAAUCCUGGAGAUGUCACGCUGAUGCUGAAUUGCGUCUUCUAUCUUACAGACGUGAACAAGAAUGUUUUGCUAGGAAAAUCAAACAUCUUUUCUGCAGCAAAAAUAAUGACUGGGGAUUCAAUCGUUUUAUGAAGUGGCAGGACGUUCUUAAUCCUGUUAAAGGUUAUAUUAAUAAUGAUUCUAUAACACUGCAGGUACACAUAGUAGUGAAAGACGAACGUGAAAACGACUAAUAUAAAAAUAUAUUGGUUCAAGAAAAUAAGACUCACAAGUGCCUUCCAAAGUGAAAUUAAUUUUUUUUUGGUUAUUUAAUUUGACGUUUCGCAAUAAUUGGGUACUUUGUACUACAUAGUUUCAAAAAAGUCUGAAAAAACCAAAUUAUUUUUUCUACUAUUUUGAAAAAAAGUUAUUUCGCUUGUUGUCUGUUAAACUCAUUCUUCAUCUUAUUUAAACAUAAAUACUUAUAAGUAUUGUUAGUUAUUCUUUUAGAAAAAGUAAGAAUUAUUUUACAUUCCAAAAAUGUGUUGUGCACAAAAACCUUACAUAUUAUAGAGCAUUGCUUUUUGGAAACAUUCCAUUUAGCAGUGAGAAUUUUGCCACUAUAAUUACAUACCAGUAUUUAAUAUAGUUGAAAUAAUUUUCAACUAUUGAAAGUUCUUGUGAUACAAAGAAUGUUCCUGAUAAAUGUACAAGCAUUGUAUUUUUGUACGCAUAUAAAAUUUUUGUAUGAUAAAAUAAAAGAUAAAUAUUUGAAA